GCCAGUGCGGUCCUACAUCACCUCUGCUCAAUCCUACUGCGUCUCUGGUCAUGUCUAAUACGAUGAAUACCUUUGCAAAGGCAGAUCAGGCUUUGCCGAUGCUCCAGCGCAUCGCGUCCCUCGUGAAGCCGAUUAUGCGCAAGCACGGCUGGGUGCUGCCCGUGCUCUCCGAGUUCUUUCCAGAAAGCCCCAAUCUAGUAGAUAUCAACGGAGGACAAAAGAUUCUCUUGAGAUUGCGUCCGGCACAUGCACCCGAUACCUUCUAUGACGAGGAGGACAUCGUCCACACUAUGCUGCACGAGCUCACGCAUAACGUACACGGACCUCAUGACGAGAAAUUCUACAAGUUUCUUGCGGGCCUAGAAGAAGAGUAUGCCGUGCUCAAACGGUCGGGGUACGCGGGUGAAGGGUUCUUCACAAAGGGCCAACGACUUGGUACCAAUGUCUCGCACAAUCUGCCGCCUCAUCUCGCGCGCCAGCGAGCCCUCGACGCGGCGGAGAAGCGGCGACAAAUCAACGCCGUUCUAGGCGGAGGGGGAAAGUUGGGCGGCGCAAGAGGUACCGUGAACAAGUCUCCCCGCGAGUUGGCUGCAGAGGCAGCAGAGAGACGCAUGCGUGACGAGAAAGCCUGCGCCUCUGGUGCCGUCGCACAAAUGGAAGCGGAGAAGGCCGCGAAAGAGAGCGUGGUCAAUAGGGUGAUUGACCUCACAGUAGAAUCAGACUCGGACACAGACUCGGACGUCGAGGUUGUGGAUGGACCUCAACCUGUUGCGGGACCAUCUAAGGCAUCCAAUCCGAUCAACGAAGCAAGGAAUGCGACGAAGCGGCCGUUGGACAAGACGUCAUCUGCGAACUUGAAGCGCAGCAGAACCACGCAAGUCGCGUCUUCAGCGGCCUCCACGUCCGCUCUUGCCGCCAAGAUCGUACCUACGGAAUGGUCUUGCCCACAAUGCACGCUGGUGAACGAGGCACAUUUGCCCCAUUGCGCGGCAUGCGACUUUGCCAGUCCGGCCGAUGCAGAUCGUCCUCGCCAAACUGACGGCGUCCCUGGUGCCCUGCACUCUGUCGGUGAAUGGGCCUGUCCACAAUGCACGCUCAUGAACAAAGCAGAACUCCCCCGCUGCCUGGCUUGUGACGGCCCUCGUCCCACUAACAACCGUUCGGUGAAGCGGGUUCAGCCUGAGACCGAGGGAUGGACGUGCACUUUGUGUGGCGAGGCGGGCAUGCGGAAUGAUUUCUGGAGUUGUAGCUUCUGUGGGAGUAUCAAAACUCAAAGUUAGACUCUGCAUUUCUCUCAGAUAUAUUACAUCUGUGCUGUGCUGUUUUGCCGGGCUAUGGUACAUUCGGUGUCUCACUAGUACUAUACUGUAGUUGAUAUAAUCUGACC